AUGCCUCCACGAAUCCCACCAGAGCAAGUCUUGCAAAUGGGGUUUCCAACCUUCUCUGCAGUAAUCAGCGUCUUUGCUUUCUUUGUAGGAAUAUAUGGUGCACAUAAGCUGAUUCAAAGGGGGCGAGCUAAAAGAUUCACACCUGCCAUUAUUGCUUUAAUCGUGAUUAAUCUCCUUCCGGUUUUACUGCAAGUCGUCGAGGCAAUCUACCUAUAUCACUCUGAUAGAUUGCCUGGUUUUAAAACAUGGAGAAACUGGUGCUAUUCCCCCUCAUUACUGUUGCUUAAUCUUGUACAGCUGGAAAUCAUGUCCAUUUUCAACAGUAGCUUCUUCAGAUGGAAAGUAUUCAGACUGGAAAACAUGCCAUAUGUGCAAAUUGUGGCUGUCAUUGUGCACUUGGUAUUUGCAGGCCCAACGUACUUGGAAGGAAUUGUUUAUUACAACCAGCCCAACCUUCCUUUCGGUCGAUGGUGCAUGUAUGGCACAAUGGCAUACUCAUUCAUGGUGGUGGUUUUCGGUAUUUCCCAAAACAUCUUUCUUUUCAAUCGAGUUCAGCAGCAUAUGGAUAGCCUUAGAAGCAACGAAAUCAGUGGAUACAAAACAACUUCUUUACAGGGAAACCGUAUCCGUAUCUUGAUUGUCGUAUUGAUUAUCCUGGAUAUCACUGCGUUCACUACAUAUGUACUGUCAGUAGUCGUCGGCGGACUAAAACAGCCCGGUGCACUCCCAGGUGGAUUUGCAUUGCAACAAUGUGUUUUUGCAAUUGCUGGUGUUCAUCAGUACGCGGAAUCUACGCUUUUUCAAAUGAUUGUCGAUCAGCUCAACAAUCGGAUAUCAAGAGGCGGCAAUACACAUCGUUCAGGUGGCUCUAAUGCCAAGAAUGUCUACUUUGGAGAAUCGACAGACGAUUCAAAACAGUUGUCAUUGAAUGAACUAGAUUCACCGACAACACCAUCGUCUGCAUCACCUGGCUUAAAGGCAGAUCGAGACUCAUCGUCAUUAAAAUCACCAGAUCAUUUUCGCUCUCAGCAUGCUUGCUCAGUAUAA